GCAGCUAAUUGGAGAGAAGCUGCGAUGUGCAGGAGAAAUUCCUGAAGCUGCAGCGCGCCUGCGAACUUCUUCUCCUCUCCACCGGUCGAUGGCGAUGAGUCGAUCCGAACAGGUGCAUUCGGGCUAGAAGCAGCGGCAUAUUUGCCCGCCAUGAAAAGUUAACCAGCGCCAGUUUGGACGCCGGAGCAAGUGCAGCCGGGAAGUGCGCUGCUGCUGCUGCUGCUGCUGCUGAUGGGACAACCAGACCUGCUGCCCUCACCUCGCUCUUCUGUUCUGCGGAUCUGAGAAGACCAACUGCAUGUAGCGAUCCAACGCGACCCCGUGCGCUUUGACGUUUAUAUGAGCGGAGCAACCAUGUAUGCGGGACGCAAGAGGAGAAAACCCGUCCAGAGAGCGGUUAAGCAGGCCCCGACUGAGGGGGCCAAGUCCAACCCGUCCAAACGCCACAGAGACAGACUGAACGGGGAGCUGGAGAGGUUAGCUAGUCUCCUUCCCUUUCCCGAAGAAGUGACCGCCAGCCUGGACAAGCUCUCCAUCCUGCGCCUGAGCGUCAGCUACCUGAGAGCCAAGAACUUCUUCACAGUCGCUCUGAACAAUCGGGAUAGAGGAUCUCCAGUGGGCGUGAAUAAUGACGACAGCAAAACAGCGGGGGUGGUGGAGACCAUAAUUCCUGAGGGGGAGCUGCUGCUGCAGGCUCUCAAUGGUUUUGUCAUGGUCAUCACUGCUAAUGGCACCAUCUUCUACUCGUCGCACACCAUCCAGGACUACUUGGGCUUCCAUCAGACUGAUGUCAUGCACCAGAGUGUGUACGAGCUGGUGCACACUGAGGACCAACAGGAGCUUAGAAGAAAUCUGCACUGGGCAUUGAACCCUCCUCCUGCCACAGCAACUGCCGUCGGACAGGACUCUCCCCAAGAGAUGGAACCUGACAGCAGCUCCGCUUUAGUCACCUACAACCCUGAACAGCUUCCUCCAGAGAACUCGUCUUUCCUGGAGAGAAGUUUCGUUUGCCGCUUCCGCUGCCUUUUGGACAACUCUUCUGGCUUCCUGGCAUUAAACUUCCAAGGCCGUUUAAAGUUCCUGCAUGGACAGAACCAGCGACAAGAAAACGGUGGGAAAGCUCCCCCGCAGCUCUCCCUUUUCGCCAUCGCGACUCCUCUUCAGCCUCCAUCCAUCCUGGAGAUCAGAAGCAAGAACAUGAUCUUCAGAACCAAACACAAACUGGAUUUCACCCCACUGGCCUGCGAUGCUAAGGGCAAGAUCGUCCUGGGAUACACUGAGGCGGAACUCCGGGUGCGAGGAUCUGGUUACCAGUUCAUCCAUGCUGCAGAUAUGCUGUACUGUGCGGAGAACCACGUCAGAAUGAUGAAGACUGGUGAAAGUGGGUUGACUGUGUUCCGCCUCCUCACCAAGGACAACCAGUGGAAGUGGGUCCAAGCCAACGCCCGUCUGGUUUAUAAAAAUGGCAAACCAGACUAUAUCAUCGCGACCCAGAGGCCUCUGUUGGAUGAAGAGGGAGGGGAGCACCUUCGCAAGCGCUCCAUGCAUUUGCCCUUCACCUACGCGACUGGUGAAGCUCUGCUGUACCAAUCCAACCAUCCGAUUGCAGCCUUCAGAGACGGUUGUAAUGAGAAGAACAGUAGUAAGUCAAAGAAGAGCCGGACUGACAGGCUGGCGAGGGACGGCCUGGACCCUGGAUCACUACUAGGGGCACUGAUGAGUCAAGAUGAGUCUGUGUACGUUUGUCAGCCUGCCCUGGAGCCUAAAAUGUCCUUUCACAGCAGUUUCUUUGGAGACCAAAUGGAUUUCUCGGACUCUAAACCCUUGAACAGAAUUUGGGACCCACCAACUAAUGGGAGUGUUGCUCCAAGAGUGACGGAACCCAGCACUAGUUUUGACCCACUGCUGGCUACUCUGGAUUCACUCUCUCUGGAGACGCAAGGGGUCGUGGAUUCCGACGAAGCCGGCUGUUCAAACGGCGAGCUUUUCGGAGCUCUGGAAGGACUGGGACUGAGCGCUGAGGAUCUGGAGCUGCUACUGCUGGAUGAGCGCAUGAUCAGAGUGGAGAUCGAUCCAGAUCACGUCCCCACUUUGGAUGACUUGCUAACAAAUGAUGAAAUCCUCUCGUAUAUUUAUGACACGAUUGAGGCUAAAGUGGAUUCCACUGUGCAGGUGUCUCCUGCGAACCCCUCGGUGACUGUGGCGACAUCAUUGGUACCUGAGAGUCAUCUCAGCCUGGACACAAACGUACAGAUGCAGUACCCUCACCAAAAGCCUGCCUUGACAGGGCCAGCUCCUGUCAUCCAGCUGUCACAGCAAAUGCAGAAGCACCUCAACAUGCGACCGGCGAAAGCGGCUCCGGCCUGGAGCCAGCAGACUGAAAAUGUGUCCAAUGCAGCGGUAAGUGGAGAACUGUUGAGGCAUGUUCCCUCUGCCUCCAACGGGCAAUGGAACGCCCAAGACAUUUUGUUGAACGCAGGGAUACAAUUAGAGCACUUUAACUCCCAACAAACGCUCUUCAAUGGGAAGUCUUCGGAGUUGGACGGACAGCUUCACCUGCAGCAGAGCCACCUUCAACAGCAGCAGCAGCCAGUGAUCCAGAACCACCUCUCGCAAACGUACCACGCCAAGCAGACGCCACCCAACUUCAACGGACUGUGUGGAGUCGCUGAAAACCCUCCCCUUAAGUCUCAAUGGCAGGACUUGGGAUACAGCGAGGGGAUGACUCCCUGCCUGGACAAUGGCCAAAAACCCAUUACAAACACCCCACUAGAUUUGUGCAUGGAUUACAGCAUGUCAGAUAUUGACAACGUGGAUUAUGCCAUCAGUGGAAAUGGUUUAUUUGGAAACAACGGACAGCAGCACAGGCCCGAGUCAACGGUCUCGUCGUUCCCAGGGAUGACUCACAAACGCCACCCACCCAUUGCUGUCCCACUGGCUCAGGUGAUCAACACCUUAUCACAGUGCCCUGCACCCAACAAAUCGCUUGAGGAAAUCCUGGGAGUUGGCAAACCGUGUCUUCAACUUGAGCAGUACGGAAUGGUGACCUCAGAGAUCGCUCAUGACCCUGCUAACAGUAAGAUGGAGAAUGGCUGCAUCCUCACCAGUACGUACCCUGGCAGCUGCACUCUGCCGAAUGGAAAUGGAGCAGCACCUGCUAGUGUUCAGAUGCCCUGCCCUGAGACUUUGCAGAGUCUCCCCGACCCACCAACCACUGGCUUCUACCUCUGACCAGCUGCCAGACACACUCACUGACUGGACCAGCCUUACACAGCGAGCAGGACAAGCAACGCGUAGGCCUAUAUGUUGAAUCUUUGGUUACCAACUUGUAUUUUCUUUUUCUCUCUUGUGUACAGGAGUCGUAUUUCAAGUCAUAUUAUCAUAAGAGUUCUUUGUUUACAAUAAUGCAGUCAUGAGUGCUCAGUUUAUUUUAUGGAAUACAGAGAUGUAAUUAUGAGUUUUAUAAUGGAAAAAAAAAAAGAAUCAGGGUUUUCUUUAUUUUAUUCAUUGUGAAGGGUAGAGGUGAGACGAAGUCGCAGUGCAGCUGAAGUGAGGCACUUCAUGAAUGUACAGAUACACUGGCGGGAGAGGGUUUGCUAAAGUACGUGACCAAGCACGAAUGCAACGUUUAGUUUCUUAGGUUAGCAUUUUCAGCAUUUAUGUGAUUAACAUUAGGGCUGCGCACUUGCAAACAUGCCGACUAUAUAAGGCUCUCUGGUGAUUGUUAACUUCCCAUUUUACCCUAUUUGUUUACAUGUCAGGAUCAACGGCUGUUAUCUUCAUCCUUAAAUGCCUGCACAUAAUGACACGCCACAAGUAAAUAAACUCUCGGCGCAGUGUUCCAGACAGGAGUAAACUCACCUUGCAGUUUUACAGCUAGCAUAACAACGAAUUGACUCGGCUAACUCACAUGAGAGUCAGUGUUUUUCCAAGCAUUCCUGAUACAUACUUACAUAUAGGUGUUGAAAACAAGCGUCCAACCUCCUUAUAAAUGCCACAUAACUUCUCUCCUAUUUGCCUAAAUAUUCAAAGCCAUUUUGUCAUCAGAAUGGAAAGAGACAGAUACCUAAAUAUUCUUUAUGAUAGCAUAGUUGUGAAUCUGGUUCACGGAUAACACCCUUAAGAGAUACGAUGGCAUUCUACAUCUUGUGCUUGUUGACAUUCCCAUCAUCCACUGACUCAUUUCUACUCAUGGAAAUAGUAAAAAACAUGAACACUCCUGCUAACGGACAACCUACAAGAUUGUCAACGGAAAAACAACUGAAUUUUGAAUACAUAUAUCUGCUACUUCCUGUCUCAGCCUUCAUUUUAAUUUCACUUGAAGAUUUUAUGACACCUAGCUGCGCAGGAUGCUAACACAGACUGGCAUCCCAGUGUAGGUACCAGGUCCACUUGUGGAAUGUGUCUGGCCGAUGACGUCACGUUCGGCAACAAUUUCAAACUUCAAAUGAAGGAUUCGAUGAGACACAUUCCAUCACACACAAAACUUUUAUAUCAGCAAAAGACAACUGACAAGCAUCGUGAUUGGCUGACAUAUACAGCGCCAUCGUCAAAAAAAAAAAAGCUGUAAAUGUUUCUUUUGUGGCUUGCGAUUGUCUCUAAAGAAGUCGAUUUUGAUUUUUGUGCGACGGCAAAUAAUAGCAACAACCUGUGCAUUUCGACCAGGAAGUAGAAAAUGUUCUCGGCAAACAACCUGCUUGACAACUAUCAUCUUUUGCUGAUAUACAUUUGGUAGAAAGUGCCACCCAAUCCUUCAUUUGAAGUUUCACUUACUCAUUAAAAAGUUUAGAAAAAAAGCAAAUCGCAUCAUCGAUCAGACACUUUCCUCAACUGACACCAAGAAUGAAACCAUCAGUCCAAUGCCAGUGCAUCACACCAAAUGUUUGCAUCACCUGUUUGACUCCACAGACACAACGUUGCUUUCUCGUCGCUAACUUGGUCAAAGGAAGUAAAAUAUAAUAUACAUUUAAACUCCUGAGUUUCGAUGUCUCGAGCACAUAAUCUGAACCAACACUUGUCGCCACCUCCUGUCUUGUUUCUUCAUGAAAAGCAUUUUGUGAUAAUAGCAUUUAUCUCAGCCCAAGCAGAUGGCAGUUACUGCGCAGCCCUAAUUGAAAUCACCAUCACUGGCUUCACUUUGUAUCUGACACACAGCCAAACAGUUUCUACGGCCGACCUCCACGACAGCAUUUUGGGGUCAGCAGUAGGGCGGACACGGAGGUUUCGUACGGAAACGCGUCUUGUGGCACGAAUGUAAUCCUUCAGCGGUUUCUUUGUUGAGUUUGUCAACAACGAGAUUAAGCCAGGUAUGUUUGAAAGAAAGUCUAGAAUAUGAGAAUUCUGCUGAGAGAUAUCCUGCACUUUACUUCAAGCACCGUACGACCUGCUCAAGACUAAGUGGACCAGUUGAGGGUUUGUUUUUUUUAUUCAUCGUUUAAGUCAUGUUCUCUCACUUUCUAUUUUUUAUUUUUUUUCCACUCACAGAAUCACAUUACAUCCCAGUUAGCGCCGAUUGUUCAUUUCCGUCUUCGUCCAUCAUUUCGAUACAUCAUGGGAGACAAAGAUUGAGACAAGUGUUCAUCUUCACAAUAAAAGUAGUUUUGUUAUUGCCUGUCAGGUGACUCCUUCACACCCGCAGAUGCAGCUCAUGAACACAAGGCGGAUGUUGGGGAUUAUGCUGAAACAUUCUUGACUGAUAAGAUUUCCAAAAGCAACAGGCGUGAGGAAACUUUGCUAUUAGUUUAAUGGAUGGUGUUGUGCUUUAGUGUGUGCUUUCGUAGGGUCAUUGGUGUGUUGUAAGGAAACAACCGCCUGGUGAAAAUUGGAAUUUAAAACAACAAUCAACUGCUGCCUCUGCUCUCUUCCGUUUCUCUGAGUUCCCACUUCUUUUCUUUCGCUCAGUGGAGUCAAAUUUAAGAAAACAAAAUUUGGAUUUGUCAAUGCUAAGCCAAAAACACAACUGAUCAAUUUAUCAGCUGAGGACAACAAAACAGUGUUUCCAAAUGACCUCUGAAGCAUUUAUAGUGAAGCAACUGCUGCUGAAAAGUACUUUUCUGCACAGGUCACAUUUCUCAUGACUGCUGAAAAGUGGCUUCCCACUAAUGGUUCUUAAACACCUAAAAAUAUAGUGGCUUUUAGAUCCUUCACUAUAGUUGACGUUGAACUCAAUGUUUAGGCGCCUGAGAUUUCAAUGUAUUAUCCCACAAUGUCACUAGUUUAGGACAAGGAUAAUGUGAAAGAGAAAAAUCUUCAGUGUGACCCAACGUACAUUUACUCAUCUAUUUGUAUAUUAUAUUGUGACCAGGUGUGGCCGAAGUGAAUUCCAUAACUUAGAGCAACUACAGGUGUUGAUCUUGCAGCUUGGACUGUCUAAAAGUGCCACUGUUGCCUGUCGCAGUUUUGCAACUUUGGCACUGAAAGAGUUAACAUGUUGAGGAUCCAUUACCGGUCCGUUAUUAUGUGAAAACUGACUGGUGUUUGAGGUGUUAUUUUGGUGCCUCAGCAUUCAUGCACAACACAUAUUUGUGUUGUGGUUCUUAUGGUUCUUCCUAAAAAGCCAACUAGUAAAUUAAUAAAAACAACUCCAAUAACUAAAGAAUUGUAUUCCUCUCGAAACACUUUCAAUUUUCCAGAGUCCCUGGAAUUCUGCAGUACUAAAGCAAUGUUGACAAAACAAUGACAAAUGUGAUGUCAAUGCACGAUCGAGACCCCAAGUACAGGAUCAUAAUAGAACCGUGCACAUGGUGCGUCCUACAACAUUUUAAAUCAUUCUCUUCAUUGGAAUUUAUCAUCACUUUUAUUAUGUAUUUACUUUUACUUCAUUGCUCCAUGUUUGGGUCUUUACUCACACACAUCCUGAGCAGCAGAGAGAAAAGAUCACCAAGUUGGAUCAGUAAACUGCAGUACUGUUGAGGUGAAACAAACUUCUAUGAUGUGAAAUAUUUUAAAAUGUUUGAAAUAGUUCACAUCAUAGGACACAACUGUGGACAGUCAUGCUGCCGCUAGCACUGAAAUAUAUCCAGGACUCUAAAUUGAAGAGAGCAGAUGCUCAGGAGAGGAGUUUUUUCUAUUCGCAUUAUUGUUCCCGUAAAUAUUCCGAAUUGCUUUUUGACGUACAUGAUGAGAAAUUUGUUUGGGCCAAAUCAGUUUGGUUUCUGUGUAGGUUGGAGGUUGAGUUCCCACUUCUAUAACUUAGAACUGAAGCAUCAACUGAAGGAGAAGGUUUGAAGUAAAUGAAGAAAAAAAGAACAUGUAUUUGAAAACAGCCCCACGACUCUAACUAUAGUAUUGUGCUCUGGCCCGGUGAAAUACAAUGGUCAAGUCCUCACACGAUCACAACGCAGUCACCACAUGGCAAAACCAAAUGUACAUAAUCUGGAGAAGGACACAGAUCUGAAUGUUUCUUAGAUGUAGCAAACAGACUCGGACACGAGGCGGAGAGGAGUCGUUUGAUCACGGAGAGAUGCUGAAAAGAGAUUUCCUUUUGAAGAUAACGUGAUGAUAUGAAUAUUAUUGUUCUAUGUUUUUUUGUUGAAAUGUGAUACGCACGUGGUAACAUGUCAUUCGGAUUGACUUCCCCCUCUUUUUUUUUUUUUUUUUCUAUGACUGACAUGUUUGCUAUAUUUAAAAUGAUCGAUGUGACUUAUGAACAAUGUGAAACAAAUAUGUGUUGUGUAAAUAACCGCAAACUUGUUUUGAUGGAUACAGGUAUGUACAUAGUUUUAUGUCAUGUCACUAGUUACAAGCACUAUUUUUAAACCCUUGUUUCUUUCUUUUUUUUUUUUUUUUUUUAGAUCAAAGUUGUACAUAGAAAUAUCACUACAAAAAGACACUGGACCGUACGACAGUUUGGAAAUGGUGCCAUAAUACUGAGUUUUGCUGACUAGGCUAUAAUUUUGUCUAAUAUAGCCGCGUGCUAACAUGCUAACAGGAUGUCGUCGCAGGUUUUGUGUUCGCCACACAGCGACUUUGGAACACACAGAUGUCUCCCUACCCUCUAAUCCAGUUUUGUAUUCACUCGAGACAUCAAGCGAGGAGGUUCCACAUGUCAGCAAGUCCUAACAGUGAGUCCCUGACGUGGAAAACUGCGAUGUGUAGCAUUUUAACAUCAAUAAAUCAUUGACACAUUAAUUCUGCUGAGU